AUGUCGGCGGCGCAGGCCCUGGCUCUCAAGCUCCGCGCGGCUCCAGCGCCGGGCAGGCCCCGUGGCUGCCGGAGGACGGUGAGGGCAGCUGGCGCGGCGCAUGUCGGGGCGCUGCAGCAUCGCCGCUGCGUGUCGCUGGCGCAGGGCGGGCGGUUCCUCCGCGUUGCGCCGCUCCCCGCCGCCCAGCAGCGCCCGCGGCCAUUGCCGUGGGCUGAGCGCGCGGCGCGGUGGCACGACGGCGGCGGGGUGGUGGCCUCGGCGUCGGCUGCGGCGGGGGUCAGGUCGAUGUCCAGGAUACCGCAGGGCAACACUGGGCUCUACGACCCGUCCAUGGACCGCGACUCCUGCGGCGUAGGCUUCAUCGCCGAGCUCUCCGCCGAGCCCAGCCGCAAAACCAUCGUCGACGCCAUCGAGAUGCUAGAGAGAAUGUCCCACCGUGGCGCCUGUGGCUGCGAGAAGAACACCGGUGAUGGUGCGGGCAUCCUUGUUGCGCUGCCGGAUGCCUUUUUCAGAGAGGUCACCAAGGACGCCGGCUUUGAGCUUCCACUGCCAGGUCAGUACGGCGUAGGGAUGUUCUUCAUGCCCCACGAUGAUGAGCGACGUGAGAAGAGCAAGCUUGUGUUCCAUGAGAUAGCCAAGUCAUUGGGACAUGUAGUGCUUGGGUGGCGUCGGGUUCCAACGGACAACUCGGACUUGGGCAAAGCAGCGCUUGAAACUGAACCAGUGAUCGAACAAGUGUUUGUGUCUAAGAGCAUGCACUCCAAGGCUGACUUUGAGCAGCAGUUGUACAUCCUACAUGGGCUCUCAAUCAAGUCCAUCCGCGAAGCUUUAGGUCUUGAGCACGGAGGACCAAAUGAUUUCUAUAUGUGCUCUCUAUCUUCAAGGACUGUUGUUUAUAAGGGUCAGCUGAAGCCAACUCAACUUAAAGGGUACUUCUUUGCGGACUUAGGUGAUCAAAGGUUCACAAGUUACAUGGCUCUGGUUCACUCAAGAUUCUCCACGAACACCUUCCCCAGCUGGGAUCGUGCACAGCCAAUGCGUGUUUUGGGACAUAAUGGUGAAAUAAAUACCCUUAGGGGGAACAAGAACUGGAUGACAGCACGCGAAGGUCUUCUUGAGUGCAAGGGACUCGGCCUAUCAAGGGAUGAAAUGUCAAAACUUCUGCCGAUAGUGGAUCCUACCUCUUCAGAUUCAGGUGCAUUUGAUAACGUUCUUGAGCUCCUCAUCCGGUCUGGAAGGAGCUUGCCAGAGGCUGUGAUGAUGAUGAUCCCUGAGGCGUGGCACAAUGAUGUUAACAUGGACCCCGAGAGAAAAGCUUUGUAUGAGUACUUUUCGGCCCUUAUGGAGCCUUGGGAUGGACCGGCUCUAGUAUCAUUUACUGAUGGCCGUUAUCUUGGGGCUACUCUGGAUCGUAAUGGCUUGAGGCCUGGCCGUUUUUAUGUGACAUACAGUGGCCGCGUGAUCAUGGCUAGCGAAGUUGGCGUGGUUGAUGUCCCUAAUGAUGAUGUGAUGAGAAAGGGCAGGGUAAAACCUGGUACGAUUCUUUUAGUUGAUUUUGAGAAGCACUGUAUCGUGGACGAUGAUGAACUGAAGAAACAAUACUCCAGAGCUCACCCAUAUGGGGAGUGGCUUGAGAGACAAAAGAUACAACUUGCAGAUAUUAUAGAAUCUGUACCUGAAACCGAGAGAAUUGCUCCUAGGAUUGACAUGCUUCCACAAAAGAAUGAGAACAAGGAAGCCUUUUGUAUUCAUGGAAUUUUGGCUCCGCUGAAAGCCUUUGGGUACACUGUAGAAACACUCGAAAUGCUGCUUCUACCAAUGGCCAAAAAUGGUGUAGAAGCUCUAGGAUCCAUGGGAAACGAUACCCCCCUUGCUGUUAUGUCAAACAGAGAGAAGCUGCCUUUUGAUUAUUUCAAGCAGAUGUUUGCUCAGGUUACAAACCCACCAAUCGACCCAAUUAGAGAAAAAAUCGUCACAUCCAUGGAGUGUAUGAUUGGUCCAGAAGGCGACCUAUCUGAAACAACAGAACAUCAGUGCCAUCGCCUGAAACUUCAAGGUCCUUUACUGCAUAUAGAUGAAAUGGAGGCUAUUAAAAAGAUGAACUUUCGUGGUUGGCGCAGCAAGGUGCUUGACAUAACUUAUCCUAAAGAGUGUGGAAGGGAAGGUUUAGAACAAACUUUGGAUAAACUCUGUGCUCAAGCUCGUGAAGCUGUUCAUGAGGGAUACACUAUUCUAGUUCUCUCUGAUAGAGGUUUCUCUCCGGAUCGUGUUCCUGUCAGUUCUCUACUGGCAAUUGGAGCCGUUCAUCAGCAUCUUGUCUUGAAUCUUGAGAGGACACGCAUAGGGUUGCUUGUUGAUUCAGCUGAACCUCGUGAAGUGCACCAUUUCUGCACCCUUCUUGGAUUUGGUGCAGAUGCUAUAUGCCCUUAUUUGGCUAUUGAAGCCAUUUGGCGGCUACAAAUUGAUGAGAAAAUACCUCCUAAAGAUGAUGGACAGCUGUAUCCAAAGGAACUUAUUGACAAGUAUUUCUAUGCUUCUAACAAUGGAAUAAUGAAGGUUCUUGCAAAGAUGGGGAUAUCCACCCUGGCAUCGUACAAAGGUGCUCAGAUAUUUGAGGCCCUCGGUCUUGCUUCAGAAGUGGUCAAUGCACUUGAUCUCCAUGAGUUGGCAUUCCCGUCAAGAACUUUACCUCCUGGAAGUGCAGAAGCAAACUCUCUUCCCAACCCGGGAGAUCAUCACUGGAGGAAAAAUGGAGAAGUACACCUUAAUGAUCCUUUUUCUAUUGCAAAAUUACAAGAAGCAGCUAGACUCAACAGCAGGGAAGCAUACAAAGAAUAUUCUAGACACACUCAGGAGCUGAAUAAGUCCUGUACUCUUCGUGGUAUGCUGAAGUUUAGAGAAAUUCCUGUCAGGAUUUCCUUGGAUGAGGUUGAACCUGCAAGUGAGAUAGUCAAGCGAUUUUGUACUGGAGCAAUGAGUUAUGGGUCCAUUUCCUUGGAAGCUCAUACAACGAUGGCUAGGGCUCAGAAUAUAAUGGGAACAAAAUCUAAUACAGGCGAGGGAGGGGAACAACCGUCUCGCAUGGACCCUCUUCCUGAUGGUUCCAUGAAUCCAUUAAUAAGUGCGAUCAAGCAGGUUGCAAGUGGAAGAUUUGGAGUUUCUAUCUAUUAUCUGACAAAUGCUAUUGAGCUGCAGAUAAAAAUGGCUCAGGGUGCUAAACCAGGCGAAGGGGGCGAGCUCCCAGGUCAUAAGGUCAUCGGCGACAUUGCAGUUACAAGACAUUCUACAGCUGGUGUAGGACUCAUCAGCCCACCUCCUCACCACGAUAUAUAUUCCAUUGAGGAUCUUGCACAACUUAUCUAUGACCUUAAGAAUUCAAAUCCAGGGGCCAGAAUCAGUGUCAAACUAGUCUCUGAGGCUGGUGUAGGAGUUGUCGCAAGUGGUGUCGUUAAAGGACAUGCUGACAAUAUUCUCAUCUCUGGGCAUGAUGGAGGCACAGGGGCUUCUAGAUGGACAGGAAUUAAAAAUGCUGGACUUCCUUGGGAACUUGGACUGGCUGAGACACAUCAGACUCUAGUAGCAAAUGGGCUCCGGGCCCGAGUUGUCCUUCAGACUGAUGGCCAAUUGAAAAUUGGUAGAGAUGUUGUCAUUGCUUGUUUACUUGGGGCGGAGGAAUUUGGAUUUAGCACAGCUCCACUAAUCGUACUUGGUUGCAUUAUGAUGAGGAAAUGUCAUACUAAUACCUGUCCUGUUGGUAUUGCUACACAAGAUCCAGUGCUCAGAGAAAAAUUUGCUGGAAAGCCAGAGCAUCUCAUAAACUUCUUCUUCAUGCUUGCCGAGGAGGUACGAGAAAUAAUGUCUCAGCUUGGUUUCCGCACCGUCAAUGAAAUGGUUGGGCGAUCAGAUAUGCUUGAGGUUGAUCCAGAUGUACUGAAAGGCAAUGAGAAACUUCAGAACAUUGAUCUAUCACUGAUCUUGAAAUCAGCUGCUGAGAUUAAUCCCGAGGCUGUUCAAUAUUGUGUUGAGAAACAAGACCAUGGCCUCGAUAUGGCACUAGAUAACAAACUCAUAGCCUCCUCAAGAGCUGCCCUUGAAAAAAGAUUUCGUGUUUUCAUUGAGACAACAGUCAAGAACACUGAUAGAGCUGUUGGCACUAUGCUCAGCCAUGAAGUGACAAAGCUAUUUCGUAUGCCUGGACUUCCUCCAGACACCAUCCAUGUUAAACUCAAUGGAAGUGCUGGUCAAAGUUUUGGUGCUUUUCUCUGUCCUGGAGUCACUCUUGAGCUUGAAGGAGACAGCAAUGAUUAUGUUGGUAAAGGAUUAUCUGGCGGCAAGAUUGUUGUGUACCCACCCAGAAACAGCCGAUUUAUCCCACAGGACAAUAUUGUUAUUGGUAAUGUGGCUCUAUAUGGUUCUACCAAGGGAGAAGCAUAUUUUAAUGGUAUGGCAGCAGAAAGGUUUUGUGUCCGCAAUUCAGGUGCGCAAGCAGUUGUCGAAGGAAUCGGCGAUCAUGGAUGUGAGUACAUGACAGGAGGCACUGUCGUUAUUCUGGGAAAAACUGGUAGAAACUUUGCCGCUGGCAUGAGUGGCGGCAUUGCUUAUGUUUAUGAUGUGGAUGGGAUGUUCAGUACCCGUUGCAAUCAUGAGUUAGUCAACCUGUAUAGUGUAGAUGAAGAGGAUGACAUUACAACAUUGAGGGUGAUGAUAGAACAGCAUCGACUCAACACAGAAAGCGUUUUUGCCAAAGAUAUACUUUCUAAUUUCGAGGAUCUUCUUCCAAAAUUUGUAAAAGUAUUUCCAAGAGAUUACAAGCGGGUUUUGGAGAAUAUGAAGGCGGAAAAGGUUGCCAAAGAAGCAGAGCAAAAAAUGAGAAAAAAGUGGUGGGAUAGGAAGGCAGCUGAAAUGAUUAAAGCUCCAAAUGGUGUUUCAGUAAUUACAAAGAAAGUACAGAACAAAAAGUCAUCUAGCCGACCAACACAAGUUUUCAAUGCUGAAAAGCCUCGAGGUUUUGUAAAAUAUGAGCGAGAGGGGAUUUCUUACAGAGAUGAAAAUGAGCGUGUUAAGGAUUGGGAUGAAGUUACAAAUGAAUUGGUUCCUGGGCCACUGCUAAACACACAAUCUGCUCGGUGCAUGAGUUGUAGCACUCCUUUCUGUCAUCAGGAAAAUUUUGGUGCUGGCUGUCCUCUUGGAAAUAAGAUACCUGAAUUCAAUGAAUUAGUUUAUCAGAACAGAUGGCGUGAAGCAUUAGAUCGCCUACUUGAGACCAAUAAUUUUCCUGAGUUCACUGGACGAGUUUGCCCGGCUCCUUGUGAGGGUUCAUGCGUGCUUGGCAUUAUAGAGAAUCCAGUAUCUAUAAAAAGCAUAGAGUGUACCAUCAUAGACAAAGGCUUCAAAGAGGGGUGGAUAGUACCACGCCCUCCCCUUCAGAGAACAGGGAUGACAGUUGCUAUUGUUGGAAGUGGACCGGCUGGUUUAGCUGCUGCAGAUCAACUGAACAAGAUGGGACAUUAUGUAGUUGUGUUUGAACGUGCUGAUCGUAUUGGAGGGCUGAUGAUGUAUGGGGUUCCAAACAUGAAGGCAGACAAAGCUAGAAUCGUUCAGCGCCGUGUUGAUUUAAUGGAUAAGGAGGGGGUUAAAUUCAUUGUGAAUGCCCAUGUUGGAACUGAUCCUCGGUACUCUAUUGAGCGGCUCCGAUCUGAGAAUGAUGCAGUUAUUUUGGCUUGUGGUGCUACUAGGCCGAGAGAUCUCCCUAUUCCUGGACGUGAACUGUCAGACAUCCAUUUUGCUAUGGAUUUUCUUCAUUCCAAUACCAAAAGUUUACUUGACACCAACUUAGAGGAUGGUAACUACAUAUCUGCUAGAGGGAAAAAGGUAGUUGUAAUUGGUGGUGGUGACACAGGUACAGACUGUAUUGGGACAGCCAUCAGACAUGGUUGCAGCAACCUUGUAAACCUUGAACUUCUACCAGAACUGCCUAGAGAGAGGGCCCCUGACAAUCCGUGGCCUCAGUGGCCGAAGAUAUUCCGAAGAGACUAUGGGCACCAAGAAGCAGCCAGCAAGUUUGGAAAAGACCCAAGAACUUACCAAAUCCUCACGAAACGUUUUAUCGGAGAUGAAAAUGGAAAAGUGAAGGCCCUUGAGGUAGUACGUGUUGAAUGGAGCAAAGUGGAUGGAAGAUUUCAAUUCAAGGAGAUAGAAGGUUCACAAGAAAUUAUUGAGGCAGAUCUUGUCCUCUUAGCUAUGGGAUUCCUAGGUCCCGAGGCGGAUAUUGCCAAGAAGCUGGGUUUAGAGCAAGACAACCGAUCAAACUUCAAAGCUCAGUUUGGAAACUUCGCAACUAACGUGGAAGGUGUGUUUGCUGCCGGGGACUGCAGGCGUGGGCAAUCACUGGUUGUUUGGGCAAUUGCAGAGGGGAGGGAAGCAGCAGCAGCUGUUGACAAGUACCUGUCGAGAGAAAUAACGAAUGUUGAUAAGGACGUUGUUGCCCCAGGUCCAUGUGAAUGUCUGGUUCAACCCGUUGCGGCAUAA